GUGAGGCUGGUGCCAGCAUUAUUCGAGUAUCAAAAGAAGCCCGGAAGAGGUUCUUGGGCCCGCUUCACCCAUCCUUCAACUUGGUGAAGACCAUUCGGAUGUGCCUGUCCAAGACUGUGCCAGAGAAUGGGCAUGAGGUUGCGGCAGGACGUUUGGGUAUUUCCCUGACACGUGUCUCUGAUGGAGAAAAUGUGAUACUGUCAGAUUUCAACUCCAAGGAGGAGCUGAUCCAGGCCUGUGUCUGCAGCACCUUUAUCCCUGUCUACUGUGGGCUGAUACCUCCAACCUUGCGGGGAGUGAGAUAUGUUGAUGGAGGUAUUUCUGACAACUUGCCACGAUAUGAGCUGAAGAACACAAUCACAGUGUCUCCAUUCUCAGGGGAGAGUGAUAUCUGUCCACGGGAUGGUUCCACAAACAUGCAUGAGCUGAGAUUCACCAACACAAGCAUCCAGUUCAACCUUCGCAACCUCUACCGCCUCUCCAAGGCCCUAUUUCCUCCGGAGCCUCAUGUGCUGCGGGACAUGUGCAAGCAGGGCUAUCAGGAUGCACUGCACUUCCUGAAGAAGAACGGUCUCCUUAAUCGUCCAAGUCCUGCCCGUCCUCUCCUUGCCAUAGAAGCUCCCCCAGAAGAGAAAAAAGAGGAAGAAGCAGAAGCUGAGGACCAACUCCAGGACAAUACUGCCCUUGCUGUUGUUGAAGAGCACAUCUUUGAACACCUGCCCCCCAGACUGAACCAAGCUCUUCUGGAGGCUUGUGCUGAAAGAAGAAGUUUCUUGACUGGUAUCACCAAUAUGCUGCCUAUUCGUCUGGCCACAGCAAUGCUGGUCCCCUAUAUGCUGCCUCUGGAGUCUGCAGUUUCCUUCACUGUCAGGUUGCUGGAAUGGCUUCCUGAUAUCCCUGAGGAUAUUAGAUGGAUGAGGGAGCAGAUGACUGAAAUCUGCAACUAUCUUGUGAAGAAAGCCAAGAAGAAACUGGGCAACCAUCUCUCAGCCAGGCUUUACUAUCACCUCGAACUUGGAGGGCCCCAGAGCCUGCCAAUUUCUUCUACACUGGCUUGUGCUGAAGCGCUGCCUAUGUGGAUGAGAAGCAGUCGUUCCCUGUCUGAUGUCGUGAUGAAGUGGGAUGAGUAUCAGCGCCAGCUCAUGCUGGGCUUACUCUGCAUCAACGUGGACCUGCAGGCCUCCCUCUUCCCUCGGGAAGGCCUUCAGAUAAAGCUUCCACCUCUAGACUGUGCGAAAGCGUGUCUGCCACUCUUCUGA